UCUCAGUUAGACUUAGAGUUAGAAGUAAUUUUAGUUAGACCGUCGACCACAUAGCUCAACAUCAGGAAACAGUCAGCAAGUCACCCACCUGCCGUCAGUGUGGUGUCCUGUUGUUGAGUACUACUGCCAGUACGUGUAAUAUUGGUUGGCAGUAUGGGAUGCAGACGCAGACGAGAGAGUAACAGUUUCUUGAUGAACUGAGAGUGAGAGAUCAAGAAGAUCUGUCCAGUUUACAAUUUUCCCGGCGCUCCGUGACCCAGCUCUGGAGUUUAAAUGCGUCUCACUGAAUUCAUAAGUGUGUUCUCGCCGAGGAUUGGCUAAUCAUUGGACUUCCAUGUACAUCGUGUGCCGCUGGCAAGUAGUGAGGGUUACGAGGAGAGGAAGUUAGUUAGCUGUGAUCCACCUCAGUCACAUGGUGACUGCGCUGCUAGUCAAUCUGCAGCCUUCUUCCGAUCCGCAUUCGGUGGCUUCGCUCGACCUGCUUGAGUGUAUCACCAGAGUCCUGUGCCACAGAUUAGCUAGCUGCAUCUGGAACAGUUCAGUCUCUGAUUGAGCUGACAUUGCCAUCUACGAAUCGACGCCGUUGCAGAAGUAAGUAGUUAGUUCUUCCUGUCAGCCGUGUUAGCGGAAUGGCUGUUGAUGCCCAUGCACUACUACGCUGCACUUGCUCGUCACCGGUAACGAGAAGGUAUCGUCACUGCCCAAGCCAAAUCCGCCCGUUCGUGAUGAAUUGUUGGACAAUGCUGUUACUGCUGGUGGUCGCCGCAUCAAGUAGCACAGGGACCGGCGAGUAUUUUGACCGGUGUAUGCCGAAUGAGGUGAGUUACUGUAGCGAGACCCUCUGGUACAACUUCACCGUCUCUCACCCAGAGCAGCAGAUAUAUGUGUCAGGGUUCAUGAACCACUUCGAGCCCAUUAUAGCGAGCAGGGUGUGUCAUCGGCAUUUGUUCCGUUUCCUGUGCUUUAGCCUGGCGCCGAUGUGUCUACCAGGCGAGGGAGACAUGCCGUUAAUGGAAAAGGUAGUACUGCCCUGCCGUAGACUCUGUGAAGCAGUGCAUAGUGACUGCUCGCCAAAGAUGGAUCUCCUCUUUGGAGUGCAAUGGCCAGGAUUUCUGAAGUGCUCAGACCUUCCGGAAAAAAACUGUUAUGAGUUUUAUGGCGACUCGGACGCUGUGACUGGCUACGAUGUAAUACCGUUCCGGAGGAUAGGCGGUUCUGAUGAGAAGCUGUCUGGAAGAACGCAACAAAAACACACUUCCAAGUCAGCACCUCAGCCGGACAAGAGUGUAUGCCCCAAGUCGAUGAGCACCGACAACAGUUCGACGUUUUUCAAUGUGGCCAAUAUCUCCCACUGCGGCAUCCCGUGCAAGGGGAGCAUCGCUCAGGAAUUAUCGAGUCCGAUAGCCCUUACAGUGAUUCGUUUGCUGUUAUCAUUGACUACUUUUGGGGCAACCAUGGUUGCAGUUUGCUUCUACUUCACGCAUCGAAGACGCCUGUUUGAGUUACUGGAUAAACCUGUUGUGCUUCUGACAAUGUCGAUGGCUGUUCUGUCCAUGGUACUAUUUCUAACGCGCAUAAUCACGAUGAUGGAUGGUAAAGGUGUGUUUUGCAGUCGCCACCAUGGAAUGGUUCAUCAGCCAUCGUCCGCAUUGAAAGAUGGCACCUGUGUGGGGGUAUUCCUCUCGACACAUUUUAUGUGCACAGUAUCCGCUCUCUGGGGUCUGGUGUUUGCGUGUCUUGUGUUCCUAAAACAUGCCAUGCUCUACACAGACGCAAGCAUCAAUCAAUCGUACUGCUUCACUUACCUAACUGCUGUUGCUGUGUUCAUGGCCAUGGUGUUUACAUCAGCAGUUGCCAUUGUCGGAAGCAUAGAGGGCAGCAGUAUCACUCAACUCUGCCAGGUACAGCGCUCUUUCAGCGUCUCACAAUUUAUACUACCGUUGGCUGGAAUCUACCUUCUCACUUUGAUCAUAACUAUCCUCGCUGCUAUCAUACGCUAUAAUCAGCAAAGGCAGCCGAAAGGUGGUCUCAGCUUCACUGUGCCACUUGUAAAGCGUCCCAGGCACAGUGCCCGAGUUCAUGAUGAUCCAGUAUCCAGCAAUGAGGAAGAGUCAUGGAUGGUAUCUGUCGUGUUCAUCUCGGCUCUCCUCACGUUUGGUGGAGUUCUGAUUGGUGCAGUUGGUGUGAACCAAGCACCUAACACUGUUGAUCACUGGGAAAAGACCAUCUUGGCUUGUCAGCAGCAACCACGCUCGCUUGCCUGCACCCAAGGGAGCCAUCCCUCGAUGGCGCUCAUUGUGUUGGAGGAACUCGCACGUCUACUGCCGGGGUUUCUAUGUGCUGCGUGGCUAUAUAUCAGACAGAAGCGGGUGAAAAACACAAGAACUUCACGCAGACCACUUGAAACAGCAAUAUGAUCUGCAAUGGCAAAGGUACUACGAAAGCGUUGAACCAAGCUCGGGGAACCAUUAUAAUGAUCAGGAAAGAAGAAAUCCCAAUCAACUGCAAGGCGCCGCCCUGUUUCUUUAGUCAGCUGCUAAAUCUAUUUUGAGGAACCCAGAUGAUAUAACAUUUCUGAGGACUACAUUGUAGUAUUCUCGACUCUCGCAAUCUAAUUGUACAAUUGCAUGUAUAAGUAUAUCUGCACAAUUGUAAUGAUGUGUUGCUUGUCUAUGCCACUCAGUCUAUGCCACUCACUAUUUUUGUCAAACUUACCAAGAAGGGGAAGAGUGUGUUGCUCCCUACAUGACCAAGAAGGCAUGAUCAACUCUUCUUUAAAAGCGACACAAUGUAUGGAGACUUCAUUCCUACCAUUUACCCGUGUUACUCAUCCAGAGUUUAUACAUGUACAUACUUUGAUGUGGUUAAAUUACGUUUCUCGAAAGUCAAACCCAACACCCUAUUGUAUUCACGAAAGAAUUUAUGCUCGCUCGAGUGAUACAUACAGUACUCGUC